AUGUUCAAUCCCAAACCCUUGGAGAACCUUAGUGACUAUUAAUGUUUCCUAAAUCAUUGUAUGCCAAUAUGUGCUGUAAAUUUGUAACCUGGGCUAACCUCAGAUCAAAGAUUUGCUUGUAAAAAUUGCAUCGAAUUGACCCAUCUUAAUGUGAGCCCAUUAAAUAAGAUUAUCGAAACUAUAGAAAAACCAAUUAAAUAGAAAUUAAACUAGUAUGAAGAAAUCAUAACCCCUCAUCUAAAUUUACUCAAAUAAUUUUAUGGCAAUAUUUCUUUAAUGGAAUCUAUUAUUUUACAAUAGUUAGAUUAAUUGACUAACUUAGUAAAUAAUUGGAUUAAUAGCAUUAAGUAAAAAGGAGAAUAAAUAGCUCGUUAUAACUUUUUCAACUAAUUAGAUCUUUUAAUAAAUAACCAACAGGUGGCAAAUGAAAUAGAAGAAAAAACAAGCGAUUUUGAACUGAUGACGAUUAACAAAGCGUAGAGUAUUAAGUUAAAUUCAUAUUUGGAUCCAUUCAAAUCCUUUUAAGGGUAUAGUAACCUUCAAAACAUAUUGAAACAAAUAAUUGGAAGCUAGAACGAAGUUAAUUUGAAGGAAUGUCACGAGUUUUAAUAACAAAAAUAAUAAUAGUCAAUAUCUUAACAGAUAAAAUAGCCAUUAAUGUCAGAAUUCUUAUAAUAAUAUAAUUAAUAAAUACAGUCAUAUCCUUUAUUAAAGGAAUCUAAUCUUGGUAGUUCGUUUUCAUACCAAAUUAUCCCAAAGCUCACUUACGAAUAAGGAGAAUUAUGCCAAGCCUUGGCUAUCAAUUACAAUAAUACUCUUAUUGCCAUUGCUUCAGAAUGCAACAUAAACAUCCUAACAAUUAAUUAAUCCUUAAAUUAAUUAGAAGAACCAAAACUUUUACAAAGCCUGGAAAGGAAUCACAAAAAUCAUGUGACAACUCUAAAUUUCUUUAAAAAAGCUUCAUAAAUGUUGAAUUCACUAAUUUCAGGCUCUUUAGAUUCCACAAUUGUAAUUUGGACUCCUGAUCAACAAUUUAAAAAAUGGAAUGCUCUAUUCAAAUUAAAAAAUCAUACCUAUGCUAUAAACUGUUUAUUAAUAAGUUAAUCUUCGGAAGAUUGUAUUGUAAGUGGAUCUGCUGAUAAAACUAUUAAAUUUUGGUCUAUGACUAAUUUCAACUAUUGGUCUUGUUCAUAAACAAUUUAAGAACAUACUUCAUAUGUAUACGGAUUAUCCAUUAAUGAUUAAGGCAAUAAAUUACUCUCCUGUGGAAAUGAUAAUUUGAUUUUAAUUAUCUCUAGAUCUCAUUAAGAGUAAUGGCAAGUAAAAUAAAAGAUUCAUAAUGGAGGGAUAAGUAUAUCAUUUAUAACCGAUAACAUUUUUGCUUGUUCGUCUUUGGAAGGAACAUCCUUGAUAUUUUAUUAUAUGGAUUAAGAAAAUGGAAUAUACAUUUAAUCAAAUCAAUUUUAGAUUUAAACAGGAGGAAAAGGAAAUGCAAACUAUUUUCCUUUGUAAUACAAUAAAUCUAAAAAUAUACUCUUAUCAAAAAAUGGACAUUAUGUGAAUUUAAUUAAGUCUCCUACCAAUCCUCCAAUUGAUGAUAAUAAAGUUAUAUUAGAAUAGGCAAUAUUUUUUAUUUAAAAUAUGAUUUUUGGUACAAUGAGCGAUGAUGGAGCUUUGUUGGUAACAUGGGAUUCGAAAUCAAGUGAGGUUUAAUUUAGAAAAUAUAAGUAGAAGUUGUGA